AUGAAAGAGUUACUCAUUCCCAAGAGUCAGAGGGAGGCGGCUCCAUUAAUACCUCAACAGGUGAGGUUUUUAGGCAUUUCCGAUGUGAUGAAUGAGGAACAUGUGGCUUCAAAAUAUUUUAUCUUCCCAGAACUAGUCUAAUUAUGGCAAACAAAUCCAAACUACAGUCAAAGUAGUCACGGUUUAAAUUUGGAUUCCUUGUAGGUAUUAUUCCUCACAAACUAAAGCUUGCUUAAAGUAGUUGUAUACUCCACAAACAAAUGUUAUUCAGUUAGUUUAUUACAGCAAAUGUCUAUUGUUUGGAAAUGCCAUGUCCAUUCUGAUAUAUAAAACACUAGCUAGAACAUGUUUAGAGACCUGGGGGGGGGUGAGGGGGGGAAUAAAGCAUUUUCAGAAUAGCAUGAUGCUUGUAGGUGUUAUAGCUUUGAGAUACAACUUAUAUAUUAUACAUACACAUAUACAUUCACAUGUGGAAAGACUGCCUAAUUAACAAGUAUUUGACAAACUGAGCAUACCACACUCACACUUGGGAAUCCAGGUGCUUAUCAGGGCUAGGGUUUGGGAAAAUCCAGUUUUGUUAAUAAAAUAAAUUAAGUCCAUAUCCAAGCAGAAACGGUUUGCCUAGGAUUUUUAUCAUUGAUUUAAAGUGGCAUAGUCUUCCCCACCUUAAAAAAAAAAAAAAAGAGUAUUUCGGAAAUAUAGACUAUGAAAUGCCCAAUUUUAAUUGUGUUGGAAUUUUACAGAGAUUCAAACCCAGUCAAGAGAUAUUCAGGGCAAAGUAGAGACUAUUUUGUCUAUGUAUUUCUCCUCAUCAUGACUUUCUCAAACUCCGUAUGGAAUCAGAGUCAAUCCUGACGGGCGUCACCAGUGUCUAUGGAGGUCUCGCAGGAUCCCCCAUAGACCUCAAUGCUGUACUUUCGCGCAUGUCAGCGCCGAUUAGGACUCCAUCAGUUUAAGAUGGCAGCGCCUGCGAUGGACAGGUUCAGGUAAGUAACUUCACGUUUAACUGCCUGCUACUGGACCCCCAGCAGCGAUGUUCCUAUUUGUGGAGUGGGGUAUAUGAAAUCAUGGUUUGCAAUAGCUGCAGAUCUAGUAUCUACAGUUAAUGCAAUCCCUUCUCUUAUUCCCCAUCCCAGAAUUUCUGUGGCUGUCUAAUCAGACUUUUAAAUAAUCUGUGUUACAACUUGAGAUGUCUUUGCAAGCCAGGUGCUCUGGGCAUUUGGCACUUCUGUUUAGUUUCAUAGAGCUAAACUGCCAGGAAGUAACAUUAAGGACUACCUGUCUGUCAGCUGGGAGGUGUAUUCAGGUUAAUUUAUAAAAGUAAACUCUUUUAUUAAAUGAAAAAGAGGACACACUCUUCUGGAUGUUUUUUGAGUGUUACUUUAGCAUAUCUAGAGUUGAUCAUUUUGUGCUGCUUUUCUGUGCCAUUUUUUUUUCUCAUUGCCUUUGAUAUUUUGAUAUCUUGAUAUAUGUGCUGGUCAGCAUCAAAAUGUGGCUCCAUACCACUAAAGAAAACCACCACAAACCCACUUGAAUUUUUGAUGCGGAUUGUUGGCGGGAGGAAUUCUGAAGUCGGAGGGCAACCAUGGACUGUGAGUGGAAUAUGUAUACUUGUGGUAUAUAUUAUGAAUUUUAUUAAAAAGUAAAGCUCUAAUUUAUGCUUGACAGUCUAGUGCUACUUAAACACCAUAACUUUUAUAGCGUGCUGUGGUGGUUAAUCUGCCAGGAGUGGGACCUGGAACAUCACCCCUUGUAAAUAGUCAAACUGUUUUAGUACAGUUUGAUUUUUUACCAUGGGUCUGCUGAAUGCUGCGGCCCGCCUGCUUAGGAGCUUCAACUAGCAAUUAGCUGGUGCUCUCAUCUAAUGAGCCAGCCUUGCACUGCGAGGCUUAACAGAAUCUUCUAUGCAGGUACCUCUGGCUUUCCUGUAACUGUAGUGGAGGUGGAAAGCAGUGCUUGAUGCCCCCCAGGUAAGAGGUCACACUGUACUAAAAGAGAUUGACUAUUUACAAGGGUUAGAGUAGUCCUGGUAAUAGUAUGUAGUAUGUAUUUGCAUAUACAGCAUGUAUGCUCUGAUUGAUGCUGGCCAAGAGAGUUUUAUGUAAUUGGCAAUAGACAUUGUGUGUUUUGGUAUAUAACCACAUGCAGAUACACAGACACACACACAGAUAUAGACUUACUGACACACACACAGAUAUAGACUUACUGACACACAUGUAAAAUUUAUAUUUUAAACCCAUCCCCCAGUUUCCUACCUUAUGCUGGAGGAUGGCUUUCCUGGAUCCCAGUGUGGUGCCUGAAUUUAUUUUAGCUUUCCACAUACCUCAGUAAGUAAAAUCCCUAGAUAUUCACACAGUACAGCCCCUGCACGCACAACAUCCCCUAGGCGAGCACACUCUACCAGCCCUAUAUAUACGUACACAUCCACCCAUACUUUACAGCCCAGGAACACACAUUUCAUUCCCCUAGCCACACAGUACAUUACAAACAGACCCUUUUACACACAUGCACAGGGUACAACACAAUCUAUUCUACAUGCAUGAAUCCCACAAGCAACCUCCAAACAAAUACGACACUAAGAGAGCAUUCCUAUACAUCCACAACACACUUUAGCAGUCUUGUUCUCUUUUGUUCUCUGGUAUCUCACUAUUGGGAUACCGGAAACAAGUCAUUAGCAAAAACAGUGCAUACUUGUAUUGUGCAGAAACAAAAACAGGACAUAUUCUCCAUCCGAGACCACUGGAUGCUCUGAAGGGGCAUCAUACUAAAAUAUUCAUUUUGGGGGGGCAGGGAUAUUUUCUUUCUGGCUCUAGUGAGCUGCCCAGGCUGAAUUUCUGUCCUAGUGCUGCCCUGCCUACAACCAAUACUCUUAAGCAGCUGACAAGAAAUUGGGAAUUGCCAUUAGCUUUGGGGACUAGUGGAAGGUACAAAUUUCCCUUGGAAAUCAGGAGACGUGAGCAUUCCAUAAUCCUCAUUUACACAAUUUGUAUUAAUUUGCAGUUAUUUAUAAUUGCAUUUUUAUUGUCCUAAUUCAUAUAUUUAUUGUGGCUCUAUAUAAUUUAUAUUUUGGGUUUUUGUUUGUUUUUACUCUUAUAAUUCCUUUAUAUUUAUCCCUUUCCUCUGGUUUCUGCAAGAAUUACACCUAUUUUCUACCUAACAGCGAGAUCUGCACCCAGCUUAAUAUUAAUUUUAGAGCCAAAACAUUUUUUUUCUUUUUUCUUUUACACAGUUUGGCCUCUAAAUCACUAGUUUCCCCUUUGGCAAAUUCGUAAACGUCUUACUGUUUAUAGGUCGUGAAUUGGCAAUUCUCUUUAUUUUAAUCCACGGGCUCACAAUGAACAACUGAGUGCAUGGACUGUUUUUUUUUUGUUUUUUGUUUCCCUGUUGCUAGACAUCGAUCAGGCUCAGCACUACAGUAUCCCCUCAGUUAGUUUCUUUUCUGACUAGCUAAUAUUUUAGUGAUUUUUUUUUAAAUUUUUUUAAUUGUUUUUGGAUGAUUUUAUUUCUACUAAAUCUACUUCUUUGAUUAAUAUAGAUACAGCUGUGAGCAUUUCUGUUCAAAAAGCAAUUAGUGCUAUGGGUCUGAGGUCUAUAACAUUAUAUAAAUAAAUAGUAUCCAAGCUCCUUCUUCUGCUAAAUAGGAUUUUAAGACCCCCAUGGCUAGUACUGACCAAUUUUGAGAUCCUUUAUUAUAUCCAGACCUUUUUGAACAAAGACAGCCAAAAAACUAAACCUACUGAAUCUAUAACCUACAAAAAAAAAUUUGAUUACUAAAAUCUCAUCAAGGACGGAGUCUCAAAGAAAGGCAAGAGAACCCAUGCCCAUUGGUCAGAUUAUACAAGGUAAUAGAAAACUGCUAAAAAGCAGAUUGAGAGUUGUACAGAUUCUGGCGAUUGUAUGGUAGAUGUUUUUUUUUUUUUUCUCUGACUGCAUCACAAUGUCAGAUGAUUCCUAUUCUAAUAAGGGAAAUUUGCUCACUUCCAUGCCUGCUGUCUCAAACUAAAAUGGCAUUUAAGAUCUUGCCAGAAAAAACAUCUAAACGUUUUUGGAAUUACUUGAAUGUGUUAUUUCUGGUGACAGAUCUUUAGUCCUUUCCAUCCUUGGAUACAAAGUUAUUAGCAUUGCUGGCAAUUUAGAGGCGGAAAGCCAUAUUAUUACGAUAUAACCAAAAUUGGUAGAUUUGGCUAUCACUGAGGCUGAAAAGGAUGCCAAUGGAUUUCUUUUCUCUGACUGUUUCAUAAAAGAACUUGACACUUUCAUUAGUGCUUUUUUUUUAGCCUUAGUCAAGGCACAAACAAAUAUAGAGAAAGUAUACUUUAAUGUUGUUUUUAACAAGGCCGGCAAAAAAAGGGACAGACUGUCCCACGAUGUGUAUAGUUGGUGCUGGCGAAUAGCUCCUCGGCAUUUGCCAGCGCCAAGCUGCUGCUCUCUGCAGACAUACAUUUAGAUGCUGCCUGCUAAAAGGGCACGUCCUUAUAUAGAUUUGAUAGUCAUAAAGUCAGGCCUGCCCAUGAAGGACCCACGUCAUCUAGACAAUCCUGCUGUUUGGAGUUGUAGAGAUGACUUGUGCAGAAUACAUAUUAACCUAUUUAAAUUCUGUUUAGGCCCUCACUCAUUGCCCUGUUUUGGUUUCUGUGUAGCACGUAUAGCGCUUCAUGUGACUCUCUUGUGAUUUCCUGUUAUUAGCCUUGGCUUUGUUUUGACUUUGAGAAUUUCUGUAAUCCUGACCUGGCUUGUUUUUCUUGUAUCCAUAUUUCUGUAUUCCUAACUUUGAUUCUAUCCUUUAAUACAUUAAGUCCAACCACUCUAAGGCCUGAUAAUACCGCUAUUGAACCCUCCAUUUUGUGGGAAUCCUCUUUACUGUGUGUUAGGGUAAAUACAUCUGUAACACAUUCUUCCCAACUAGAGGGCAUUUUUAGAGGGCCAGAGAAUCACAAGGCUAAUUAAACAUUCAGAGAGAAUGCAGAAAGUACUCAAAUUCAUUUGUUUCCAAGAAAAAAAGUGGCAGACUAAGGCAUUUUUUUCCAAGCUUGGUGUAAAAACAAAACAAAAACAAAUUGGAUUCAUGGAUUCUAAAUACAGUGAAAGGAUAUGUAAUAGUUUAUUUUUCAUCCAAUUCAAAAAAGUCUUGCUGGCCCAAUGUUCAAACAUGUAUCUCUGAUCAAAAAAGAAGUUGAAGAUCUGUAGACAAAGGUUUCUCUUUACCAUCUAGGUUACAUCAACAAUCUUUUUCUUCAGAUAAAAGGACAGAUGCAACUAGUCAUUAACCUAAGAAAACUAAAUUCCUUAGAUUGUUAGACACUUCAAGAUGGAAGGCGUUCACUGUCUAAUCUGUUACAAAAGGCUGGUUUCUCAAAAUAGAUCUAAAGGAUGCCCUUCUGACAGUUACUGUACACAAUGAUUCCUAGGACUUCCUUCAGUUUCAUUGGAAAAGGACAAAAAAUAACUUUACAUGUCUUCCUUACAGUCUCUUCUCUACCCCUUGUUGUUUCACAAAACUGAAGAAGCCCAUAGUCUAAUUUCUGCACAGCAGAGGUGUUGUAUAAAAAGUUCACUUUAAUAUACUAUAUUCAUUGGACUCUGGAUCUUCUUACCAAUUUGUAUUUCUACCGGGUUUGCAACACUUGAAGAUAUGGAAGAUCUUUCUUACUCUGAUCCCAUUCCAAUAGAUUGGACUGUAAAAGAAGAACUUCAAUGGUGGUUGGACCAUAUGGAAGCUUGGAAUGGAAGACCCAUUUUCAGUUCAGAACCCAACUUAGUCAUAGAAUCAGACGCCAGCAACUAUGGCUGUGGAGUGAGAUGUGGUAACACUUCAGCAGGUGGAAGAGGAAGUUCAGCUACACAUCAAUUGCUUGGAACUUCUUGCUGGUUCUUUUGCUUUGAAAAGUUUGAAAAAGAACAUGGCGAAUGUAAAAAUGUAAUUUAAAAAUAAUUAAAUUAAUCCUCAUUUUGUUUCUUUUCUAGUUUUAUUCUAUGAUGACUGUGAUUCAUACAUCAGUUUCAUUGGUUCUGAUUUCCAACAACAUUAUCUAUCAUUUCCAUUUGAGGAAGUUUCAAUUUAAAAUUGAAGAUUGGCCUAUACCUUUAUAAAGUCUCAUCCUACAUUAAUUUUGAUUGCGUCUCUUGCAAAGAAAGAGAGUUAUGGAAUGUUCAUGACUCCUCUUAUAACCUGCCACUGAUUUAAUAGUUAUGUACAAUGAUGUAAUUGCAUAUUUUAUUUUUCUUUCAUUCUGUUUGUCAUUUUUUUUCUUUUGCUGCUUUUUAAAGUAAAGAAAAAGAUAAGUAUAGUACUCCGCUCCGUGUCUUAAUAAAAUCGUGAUUGUCAUGCAUUAGUAAAAUCUUUGAAUUGUUUUACAGUAUUAUCUAAACUUGUUUUAUCUUUCUGUAUUUUUCAGGUGUCCUUACAGUUGUAUGGUAAUCACAUCUGUGGGGGCAGUAUUGUACAGAGAACAUUGGUGGUAACUGCUGCACAUUGUGUGUAUCCUGGAGAUAAGUAUGUAUCACUCUGUCACAUUGUCAUCUUCACUGUCAAACAACUUUCAGCACCUUUUCUGAUCUCUUUUAGAAGCAAAGUGAGCCACAUGACAGUGAUUGUCGGAGAUUAUGAUCACAGCAUCGUUGAUGUUCAAGAACAAACCAUCCCAGUGUCAAAUGUUAAGAUACACCCCAAAUACAAAAAUGAUGGUAGCCUGAGCUACGAUAUUGCACUACUGUACCUUUCUAAACAAAUUGACUUUGGUUAGUAACUUGCAGAAAUGUGAGAUCUAAAUAGUGUAUUGCUAAUGCUGAUAGCUACCUAUGGAACAUUACUAGUUGCUAGGGUUCCCCAAAAGAUAUAUUGGGCAAAAUUUUAAGGUUCAUUUUAGGGAACUGCACCAGAAAUCUAUUAAGGCUAAACGCUUCUGUCUGCCAGUUGUUCCACUCCACCACUUAGCUUUUAAAGCUGCAAGCUUGUACUAGGAAUUUGAGUCUUUCCUGGAAAUGUGCACAGUGACCUCAUGUAUGGUUCUUAAAUGAUAUCUUGCACUCUACCUGUAUGAGACCUCUAUCCUGAUGUGCUGUUUCAGGUUCACAAGUUCAGCCAAUCUGCCUUCCACAAGCAGGGGAGGAAGUUGAGCCCGGGACCUUGUGCAUCUCCAGUGGCUGGGGAAAAGUUAAUGAGUGUAAGAGUGUUUUUGUAUGUAUUCAUUUAUGCACGAUUAUGGUUACUGACUAAACCCAGAGUUUUUGCCAAUUAAGUCCAAAUGAAAAUGGAUGCAAAAAUAGUAACAUUGCGACUAUAGCUGAGGUGGAAACUUUUUCCAGAUUAACUAUAUACUUUGUGGAAAUUCUGAGUUUAGUGCAUAACCUUGUAUAUAAAAGUAUUGGUAAUAAAUACCUUAUGAAUAAGGUAUCGCCUUUUAGAGCACAUUUAUUAAAUAAGAAAAAGGCAGAAGACCAUAGUGAGAACCAAAUAUAUAACCUAAAUUGAGGUAUACAUAGUUAUGUUUGAUAAAAUAUCACCAGUGCCUUUAUUCCUUUAAUAACACUUGCUAACUGUAACCUAUAUUAUGCAUGUGUAUCGAGUGAUGGGAACUAAAGAGAUAAAAUAUCUAGAAAUGAAACUGCUUAAUGCUGAGGUGAAGAUAAAAUUGGAAAUUGGAGGCCUGUCACUGGAUCAUGCAGCUAAGACUGCUAACCGCUAGUAUAAGAGAUGAGAAGACCAGGAGAGCGAGAGAUGCUUGCUGCCAACUAAAGAAAAUGUAGCAAAGUUGGAAUGUGCCAAUAAGCUGCAAGAUGUAUGGACACGGGAGUGGUCAAUGAAAGGGGAAGUAGAAAGGAGACAUAGAAUGUAGGAAGCCGGAAUUAGGAAGAUCUGUCAUUAUGCAGUGAGAGGACGGCUGUCAUUGCAGACGGAGAGAAGAGAAAGAAGGCUGUCAUUGCAGAUGGAGGGAGGGCGAAGAGGGCUGUUAUUGGGGAUGGAAGGAGGGAGGAAGUGGGUUGUCACUGCAGAUGGAGGAAGGGAGAAGGCUGCUGUCAUUGCGGAUAGAGGGAGGGAGAAGAGCAUAUGUUUAGGGCCUCAUACUUGCAGGUAUGCUUGUGGUGCUGCCUGCAAAUGAAGACACUAACUCCGAAACCAGUGCGCAGUGCAUGCUGAUAACAGACGUAAUGUUUGCACAGAAAUAACAUUAGGCAGUCUGAAACAGAGAUCCAAGUGGCCAAAGUCAUGUGUGUCAGAGGUGCAAUUAGACCCUGCUACAAAAGUGCAGCUGUCUCUGUAUAGGCAAUGUUUCAAGCAUAAAUGCUGCACAGAUUGAACAAAGCAGACGUAGUCAUGGGGAUUGGAGGAAGACCGUAACCUUACAACACCUGUUCUGAUAAAAGCUGUUCCAUAUGUUCUUUAGAUGGGGAGCUAUCUACCAUUAUUCAGGAGGUGAAGCUUCCAAUCAUUGAUCAUUUCACCUGCAGCUCUGUGCUGACCUCUAUGGGGCUUCCAACUCUCCAUGAGACCAUGCUGUGUGCUGGCUUUCCAGAUGGAGGAAAAGAUGCGUGCCAGGUAACACCCAAAGAGCUGUGUUGUAAGAAAUUUUUUUCUCCAAAACUGGUAUAAAUCAAAACUGGUAUAAACCCCACUGAUUUAGUCCUGGGAAUUUAACCUAAAAUAAGGGUUACCAGGGCAACAAGAGGUCUUGGGCCAUCUUGAGGCUAUUCAGCAAGGUCUGAGUUUCAUAACAAGUUUUCCAGCUUCUGUGUAAAGACUUCUCACUUGCCAUUCAAGCAACAAAGUAAGAGUAGUUGCUUCUUUUUCCAAAAUGCAUUUGAAACAUUGCCAAUUUGAAUUUCAAAUGCAAGAUAAUUUUAGUGAAAACGCUGAACUACAUGGCAUACUUUUUGUUUUAAAAUUGUUCUACUCUUUUCUUUUUUCUUUUUCUUCAAUGAGAUCUACUUCUGAAUUUUCUUUGCAAUAAACUGUUAAGUUAAAAAUAUUUGAAAUAGAUUGUGAGAUAAAUAUAUGGCCUGAAUUUUUCUCUCUAAAAUUAAAAAUGCGAAAAACUCAACUCAUACUUGGCACACUCAAACACAAGAAAAUAUUCAAGAUCUGGAUCUUGGAUUGCUGCUUGUAGUCUCCCAGUAAUAAUGUAAAUUUUUCCAGUUUUUCAAUUUUCCAAAAUUGCUUGGUUUGAAUAUAUUCCCCAGGAUUACAAUCCCUAUUCAGAUAUUUUCUCCUUUUUAGUGUUUUAGUUAGUGUUUAAUGAAGAUCUCCUAUAAUCUCACAUCAGUAGUCUCUCAUCUCUUCUCUUGAAAUGUUUAGUUUGCUACAAUUUUUACAUACUCUUUUCUGUGUUAUGUGUUUAAUAAUUCAGGGUGAUUCUGGGGGCCCCUUGGUUUGCAGACGGCGCACAGGGAGUUGGUUUUUGGCUGGAUGUUCAUCUUGGGGUCUUGGGUGUGGAAGAGCUUGGGGCAAUUCAAAGCCAUCAGAAAAUGAAAGGGGUACACCAGCAAUCUUCUCCAAGGUGUCAGCACUUUUGGACUUUUUGAGAAACUCCACUAUAAAUGGUAAGUGGCAUAUUGGUAACUAUGUGUAAAGAACAAAUGAAGAUUAUGCUACCUUUAGUUUACUUACAAUCUUCAUUUUAGUAUUAAAGGAGGCUAAUAUUAUGCAUUAACUUUUUUUCUCAACUUCAUAGAAGCAAAGUAGAAUAGAAAAACUGAGAAGCAAUCAUAAACCAGCAUGGUUAAUAAGAGUUACAUGGAACCGAAGCUCCUCCUCUUUAUCUUGCGACAUCACAAGUCCAUAGUAAACAAAUUAAAUGUCAAUCUAUAAGGAAUCCAAGAAACAACCAGUAUAUCAAGUAAUCCAACAAGAAAAUCCCCAAAGUGUGAACAUCAGAAGUGAUUUAGGCUGAAAGAUAUCAAGAAAAAGUUUAGCCAAAUGGAAGUGAACACUUGAAGCCAAAAGACAAAGCAGACAAUAAUGAAUGUGAUGAAUAAUUUAUAAAUUACCAAGUGGGUAAAAAUAUUAGGUUCUACGCAAUUAAAUGAAACAAUUCAAAGUGAAUUAAACAAAUAACCUGAACAUAAACCCCCAAACUUGCCAAUACCACACUAAAAUAAGGUUUGGGAAAAUUAAAAGGGGGGGGCAGAGGGUGAUAUUUGCCUCCUGUCAUUAUUAUAAGUAAGUUUAUUAGUACACUAAAGCUAGCAUAACCGUCACUUUUACCAUUUUAACGCUGCAGGAUAACCGAAAGAAACAGCAUUAGACGGCGGAAGAAAAUAGACUGGCCGGAAUGUAGACUCCUGCGACCAGGCCACCACCUGUAAAAUAGAGAGAGAGAGAGAGAGGCACCUGCCAGAAAAGCAGCCAAUGCCACUUCCCCCAUGGACAGAGUAUGCCCCAAUUGAUGGAUCAAUUCUGGCCAUGGACAGAAGCCAAGGAAUCCAUCUGGUCAAAGUCAUAACCGAAAUUGUACCAUAAAAGAUGAGUAGCUGAUGGAGUCAGCUCAUUAAUCGUCUCCACAUAGAAACGUAAUGCCGAUGUGAUGCAAAACUGAAGAUCUGAAGGGAAGAAUGGAUAGAAAACAGAUGACGAGUUAGCUUUAGUAAGAUACGCUGGUCCUUCUGGUGAAAGGGAAAAAGAAUCCAUGUUGAAUGCAUGCAUGUUCAAUACCCGAUGGAAAGAGACCAUAAGUUGCUGAAGGGAAAGACUACAUUGCCAACUUACCAUAAGUGUGUAUACUUGAUCCUGGAGGGCAUUGCAACCCAUCCACCGUCUUAUCUUGGAUAGUGACUUGAGCUGACUAAGUAGCCGACCAAACGCGUUAGUAGAAUGGUAAGACUUACCCGGCGAAAAAAGAAACAAAUUUCAGCACCGAGGAGAAAUGGGGGCAGUAAAGGGAUUGAGGCAUUUCCUUGUCCCCAGUGUCCAGGAACCCCAUAGAUCAUCUCUAGCUGUAUGCGAUGGUUCACCGGCAUGCCAGGAACCCUUGAAAAAGUCCAAGCCAGUAGUGAUAGUCGACCGUGCAGGAGCAUCAGAGGUGGGUCCCUGUUUGCAUCUGUGAGGAGCAUCGGGUCUUCCCAUUGGUCGUAUCUGGGGUUUCGUAGCAUUGGUUGUAUCAGGGGUUUCGCCAUAGAAAGCAAGCCUUUAGGUAUUACAUAGCUCGAUAAUAGAGUGGUCUAGGGAAGAGUGCCAGGAUGGACUAUCUGUUCAAAUAGUCGGAGUGGUAUAGAGUCGCAUCGCACUGCCUUUUGGAUCUCAUUGCGAAUAGCUGCAACUUUCGAAGAAGGAAGCUAUAGAGUACAAGAGGUCGAGUCUACCUAGAAACCCAGGAAUUGGACCUUCUCUCCUGGAUCCAAGACUGAUUUGAUCUGACUACGAAGCCCAGGAAUUCGGUGUAAUGAGUGUGGUCUUACAGCAGUGCCCUGUUGCCACAGAAAAGCAGAAUGUCGUCAAAGUAAAUUAUACAUUGUAUACCCCAGGGGAAGUGGAUACCCUCUAUUUUUAAGUGUUGAUAGACAAUGUGAGUGUUUAGAUCCUUCAGGAUGAUGACCUGGUAGAACUACCCAGUGUUCUUCUUGGCCCCUGAGGGCGGUUGGAUAGCACCUUUCACAUGCAGUUUAAGUCCCGUUCAAUGAGAUAAGCAUCGGCGGACAUGUAGUGUGGGGUGUCUGUAGGCCAGAAGCAGUUGGCAACACAGCCCCUCUGUCAACCAGCCCUGCCAAAAAGAGGUAUUGGCACUGAAGACCUUCCUCAUCGUGGACUGUGCCUUGUUUAGGGGCAUGAAACUCUGACAUGUUUGAGUCCUUUCAUAAAGGCCUCUUCAAAUAAUUUGCCUUGUACCUGUGGGCCCAGUUCUUUGACCCCUAAAGCAGCCAAUUUGCCAUAAAUCCUAAACCGUGCUGCUCGGCAUAUCUCCAAAGAGAGGGCCACGUUGGUAUUGCCCAGGAGAAGAAGCGUGUUGCGCCCACUCAUGCACCAUAUCCACAUCAAAGGAUUUGGUUCUGGAAUAGGUGUCAGCCACCAGAUACGUGAUCCAGGCCAGUAGCCCAAUAGCAUACAAGAGCUUGUCCUGAGCCUAUUUGAAUCCCUUUUCAACUCCUUUGUGCGGGUGUCUUCCUCCGCAGGCCAUAAAAGCCAGCAACAAAUAGUCUCUUGAGGACCUCCUUAUCCAAUGAUUUUCGGCUUUCAGAAAUGCAUGAGCUUUGCCAAGUGGUCAGAGUGGGGAUGGCGAAUGUUCCAUGGGUCAAACAUUCUCUUCCCGGUAGCAUCUAGAAAAACCUUAGUAUCUUUCAGGGCUUCCAUACCAUCUGCGCCUUCAGUCCCCUGAUACUCACCCAGGAAAGUCUCUUUAAUGAAGAUCUUUUGGAGCCUGAAGCCCCAGCUCUUGAAAUAGAUACAUCUGCCUGCCACUCAUCUACAAUUGACUGGAAGUGUGUUAGACCACACUCCUUGUAGGUGGAGGGGUCAUGUGCGUGCCCGACCUUGUUCAGCAGCACUAUUAGCCAAAGGGGCUCACCCCAGCCAGUAUGACAGGGUAAAUCCACUGGCACAUAACCACCCUGGGGGCAAUAAGUACCAACCUGAAAUUGGUGUGACAGUAGCUUAAAGCAGAUGUUAAACAAGAUUUUAACCAGAGGACACAGUGCAUUUAACCGGAGGAGAUGGUUGCACAGGUCUCACGAUGUUCACAACUCAAAAUGGCCGGCAGAACUAUGAUUUGGGGCCAUAAUGAGGCAUUUGGCUGCAAAUUUGCAUGAUUAGGCGUGGGCUUAAGGCAGGAGCAAAUACAAGCUUUUGGCUGUUUGCAUCAGAACAGGUAGCAACCACGUGGGCAAGAGAGGAGGCAGCACCGGACAGGACUGAUGUUCAGCACUGUAAAUAGCUAAAAGGAAACCCUGCUUUUUGCUACCAAAUGAGGCAAGGCACAGGGAUCGCAGCCAGCACCCACCAUCGGUUGACGCAAUGCAUAACAAGAUACUGGAGCGGUGAAAGCUUCACAGCCAGACAAGAAGGGAUGAGGGGACCAGGAGAGCAGGCCCCUGAUGCACCGGACGACCGUUAGCUCAACCCGUAGCAUGAGGGCACCCCAGAGGCAUCAUCCACCACUACUAGAUGUCCCGGAGUAGGGGGGGAAACACUCUGGGGGAGGGGGCUAUCGAAAGAAUGAUAGCCUAACCAUCAACAAUAAAAACACCUAAUCAGAAAUAAGAAAAUAGCAAGGAACAAUGGUAGUCAAGGGGAAGAACGCAGAACAGGAGGCCAGUGUCUCACAAAAGUAAGUACACCCCUCAAAUUUGAGAAAAAACAUAAUUUUCAUGUGACAACACUGAAGAAAUGACACUGUGCUACAAUGUAAAGUUGUAAGUGUACAGCCUGUAUAACAGUGCAAAUUUGCUGUCCCCUCAAAAUAACUCAAAACAAUAAGUAUGGUUAAAUCAUAUAUUCCAGAGAAAAAAGAAUAUUUAAGGUCAUAUGAGGAGAAGGCAGGAGAUCACUCUUUUCUUUAUGCCUUCGGCGAUUCCAACACCAAACGCUUCGAUGUCUCCUCUCAUUACAGUAUGACCCAGAUUUGACUUGUAUUCUGACUAUUCUGCUUUCUGGUACCCUUGACCUGGCUAUUUAUGGCUCUCCUCUCUUCUGGUUCCUUUGAUAUUUUGGCUUGUCCUGGCUAUUCUAUCUUUAUUCACUUUAACAAUUGUCGAGGAUAAAUCAUCCUUUAAUUAUGUUCAGAGGAACCAAAAUCAAUUCAAGCGCUUGGAGAAGCAAUAAGGCACAUGACACGUGGUAAUUGUAUAUCCAGAAUAAUUGCAUCUAGCUUUAUUGGGGAAGAUCAGCUUUAUACAGUAGAGGAUACGUGCUUGCGUUCAAGGAAAGGAAUGUAAGAAGAGACAUAUUUUUAAAUGUCCAAAGAAAAGCAGUUUACGGAAGUACUCUGGUGGGGGCUAGUUUUUGUAAGAAAGAGAACUUUAUAUAGGACAGAGUUCAUUUACACAAAAAGCAUAUCAUGAUCUAAGUUAGCCAAUUUUAAUACAGACUGGACCAAAUGGCAUCUAUAGCUUGAUCUGUCUCGAUUUCUGCUAACAUUGAUAUGUCAUUCUGUAGAAAUGGUAUAAUUACACUUCCUUUACUUUUUGGGAAGAGGGGCUGCCAUCUAUAAACGUUUGCAGACAUUAAAUGGGUGGAGUGGGUUCCUGGCAGAGAAAUUAAUUUCUAUAUAAGCUGGUAAUUAUAUCUGGAGUACAAAUAAGUCAGACUUGAUGGACUAAAUUUGUUUUGCAAAGCAUUGAAAGUAAAAACAAGGUAACAUAACUGGAAUUGGCCAGACUCUCUCUAGUUGGAAUUCCUGGGUGCGAACACUUUUUUUUUUUUUUUUUUCCCAGAUAGUUUCUUUAAAAAAAAGCCACACAAAAUAAUGCUACAAUGCCAUAAUGAUAUCAGUAUUGUCCUGUAGAUUGUUUUCACAAGUAUUUCACUUAAAGGCGAGCUGUGAUCUCCAUAACUAUUACCUAGAAAAGUGCAUUGGGGGAAUUAAUGAAAACAUUUCUUGUAGGAAAAUGUACUUCAAAAGUUCUGAGCUUUAGUGGUGAAAAUGGAACAAUUAAAUACCCAUCAAAUGCAAACACAAACUAUUCUGAUAACAGGUGGGUACCAUUUAAUAAUUAAAAUUAUUUUAAAUCAUUUUACAAAAAGCUGUUUUUCAUUUUUGGGGCGAUGGCUUUAGCACAAUUUCACUUUCAAUUGAUAAAUUCUGUCACGAGUUUUGUGCUUUUCCAUUUAUUCUACUUGUUUUAAGCAAAAUAAUAUCUUUGGCAUGUUCACUUCUUGUUCCUCAAUUCUUUGAAAUCCCAUGUACCUGGCCUAACCUUGGCCAAUGUGAUGGCAGUACCUUCUACAAAUGUGUGCUCUAUCCCUGCUGACAAUCCUCACAAUCUUGAUAACAUUCCAUGUUUUUUUAGUUACUAACUUUCCUGACUUGUACGCAGCCUAUGCAGCUGGAAAAUUACAGUGGAAGAAAAUAAAAU